AUGAUGAGCAUUCACGAUGGUGAUCUGACUUCGACAAGAAAAGAAAAAGAUGUUGUUGAAGGUUCACUUUCCGGAUCCUCCUCGGUGAAAUACUCUUCUCUGUCCAUGUGUUCAACAGAGGAUGAUGCUCCUUCUUCGUCUUCAAAUGGACCUUUGGACAAUCUAUCAGACCUCAUCUCUCAGCUUCCUAUCAUGUAA